AUGCCUGUGCAUGGUCGAUCAUCCCGUUUGAUAGUUUUUAGUCUAUGUUUGUAUCUGUGCUUUGGAGUCGAUACGCGGACAACCCUAUUUGUGGACUCUCCCGGAGACAUAAUGCUCGGUGGACUAUUUCCUGUGCACACAACAGGUACCACAAACUGUAACGUCAUCAAUCCAGAACGUGGAAUUCAACGCGUCGAAGCUAUGCUGUUCACAAUAGAUGAGAUAAACAAUGAUACAAAACUAUUACCGGGAUUACGGCUGGGUGCAAUUAUUCGUGACACGUGUUCGGCUAGUCAGUUUGCUUUGGAACAGGCAUUACACUUUGUGCUUUCCAGCACUGAUAAGUGCCCGGCUGACCGAGGGGAAAGUUCAGGCGAAAAACGAGGGCUGAAUAAAGAUACACCAAUCACAAGAGGUGUUGUAGGUAGUUCGUACAGUUCGGUAUCAAUACUGGUAGCCAACUUGUUUCGCUUGUUUUCCAUACCACAGAUUUCUUAUGCGUCGACAAGCGCUGUGCUUAGUGACAAACGGGCAUUUCCGUUAUUUGCUCGUACAGUUCCUUCGGAUGUUGUUCAGGCUCGAGCGAUGGCCACAUUGGUGCAUGAUCAUAACUGGACCUAUGUGUCCACGGUUCGCAGUGCCGGGGACUACGGUGAUUCCGGAAUGGAUGCAUUUUGGAAAGAAGCUGAUAAGUUGGGAGUGUGCAUUGCUGCUCGAGAGGUAAUACGAAUAAAUUCGGGAACCGAGGACUUAGACGCUAUUGUUCGAGUGCUUCGGUACGAUUUCGCCAAAGCGAGAGUAGUGGUAUUGUUCACAGGAAUGGAUCAUACUAAGUUACUUCUGGAUGCAGUACAAAGAGCCGGCUUGGUAGAUCAUUUUGUGUGGAUUGCCAGUGAUGGUUGGGGGAGAGAAAAUCUUCCUGUGGCAAACAAUUCCCGGGUGGCUAAUGGAGCACUGACCAUUGAAAUCCAAGCAAAACCAGUUACGGAAUUCACGGAACAUUAUCUAAACCUUGGUUAUGAUAACCCACGGAAUCCUUGGUUUCGAAAAUACUGGGAAGAAUUGUUCGACUGCACAUUUGACACGGACGCCACGGCAUCCAAACAACGUGGCCGACGAUCACUGCAAACUUCUGCGUACCGAUCAGUGCAGCGUAGGUCCGCAACAGAGUCAAGAACGAAACCAUGCUCACGUGACCGGAACCAACGUCUACGCGAUCGACUGAGUUCUGGAUUCCAACAAGAAGCAAAAGUUCAGUUUGUCUACAAUGCCGUGUACGCAUUUGCUCAUGGCCUUCACAAACUGCAAGAACAGCUGUGCCCGGGAAAUCCCUAUCAUCCUUCGUGGGAUAAAUACAUGUGUAUUGAAAGGCUGUUGAAUUUCUCAGGGACAGAAUUCUAUGAAACAAUGAUCUCAACUUCAUUCACAGCUGACAAUGAUGAUGAUGAUAAUGGUGAUGAUGAUGGUGAUGAUGAUGAUGAUGAUGAUGAUAAUGAUGAUGAUGAUCAGGAUUCGAACCCCGGAAUCUAA